AUGGCAACCAUAUUUGGUGGCAUCCAUUGUCUGGCUUGGUUUUCUACCUUCAUCACGCAUCAGGAACAGCUCCUAUGGCGCAUAUGUGCCCUCGCUAUAACUGGCACGCCCUGGCUUUUUCUUUUUGCGAUUUUCACAUUUGAUUCAGUGGCUCUGGCAUUUAUAAAAUUGCCGAUUUUAUUGGUAUCGAUUCCAUUAUACAUUGCAGCUCGUGCUAUCCUCUUGGUACUCAUGUUCACCACUUUACGCCAUCUUCCUGCUGACGCAUACCAGGCGGUGUCGUGGAUUAGUUUGGUGCCGCACUUAUAG